AUGUUUACGCAUUACCCGUCGACGGAACAGUUCCGUCAUGUGAUUACCAGUGUGAAAAGGUAUGCGGAAAACCGUAGCGAAGGGUUACCAACGUUAAAAUUCGUUGGAACCGUUAAGUUGCACGGGUCCAAUGCAGCCAUCGGCUUUCACAAAGAUGAUGGUCACUGGUGCCAAUCGAGAAACAACGUCAUUACACCGAAAAAGGAUUUCGAGGGAUUUGCAAAAUCUCUCAGUCCAGUGGCUGAUCAAUUCCUCACCGAAUUCAUUUUACCGCAAUGUCCAGCGCUCCGUGAACACUAUGAAUCGGGUCGUAGAAUUGUACUGUUCGGUGAAUGGUGUGGCGGCAAAAUUCAAAAGAAUGUGGCGAUAUUCGGGCUGCCGAAAAUGUUCGUCAUUUUCAACGUUCAACUGUGCGAUGAUGAAACUCAAACCACAGGAGAGGAGCCUGAUGACAGCAACGACGACGAAUCAAAAAACCCUAGGGUCUGGCUUCCACCGCAACAAUGGUCGCAUAUCAAAUGGCACGAGAAAUCCAUUUACAACAUCUACGACUUCCCAACGUACGACAUUGACAUCAAUUUCGAAUGUCCACAACUGGUGCAAAACAAACUGAUCGAAAUCACUGAAUCAGUCGAAGAACAGUGUCCAGUGGGCAGUCAUUUCAAUCGCACUGGUCUCGGCGAAGGUGUUGUCUGGACGGAAUGGGAAAAAUCGAACGGAAGUUUAGUGUUCAAGGUAAAGGGAGAGAAGCACUCAGUUACCAAGGUCGAAACGUUAGCAGCAGUGGAUACUGUCAAAUGCGAAAAUCUUCAAAGUUUCGUGAAUUACGCUUGCACCGAGAAUCGUAUGGAACAGGGACUGGAGUAUAUGCGAGAGCAACAAUUGCCGAUUGAAAUGAAAAAUUUUGGUGUAUUUAUGAAGUGGCUGGUCGGCGACAUUGUGAAAGAGGAAAAGGAUACCAUGGACGCAUCGGAUAUUAACUCCGCGGAGGUUGGUCGAUUAGUUAAAAGUAGAGUUCUUCCGUGGUUCAAAAAUCAAUUGUAG